AUGGGCUUCAAGCUCGAUAUUCAGUGGAAGACAAAAUCUCGGAAGGAUGGCCACGUGAAUGAGGAGACGCAGCAUGGUGGUUUCGUGAAAUCGAUAUUACGUCUGGGACGUCGCAUUCUUCAAAAUAGCAUGAGCAAGUUCGCUAGUCCAAGAGUGCGGGCUGAUCAGUCGCUGACGCCAGAGCACAAAGACCUAGAACCUGUUUGCGACAAUCCGCACGCGCCAGAACUACUGGACGAGACACCAGGAAAGAUCGACGACACCCAGCAACGUCAUGUAUCUACCCUUCCUAAACAGCCCCUGCAGUUCCCGUUCGAGAUAUGGGAACAAAUGGUGAACCAUCUGGCUCGGGAAGAACAACCAUCGCAGGCAUGCAUCCUCCAGUGUAACGUGCGGAAUUUGCGAACUCUGUGGCAACUACCUGGACAUGUCGUCCUCCGUGAUGUAGCCCAGGUGCUGCGGAUGGCACAACUCCUCAAAGAGCACCCUCAUGUGGUGCAUGACAUUACUGCGGUAUCAUUUAGAGAUGCUGUAAAUCUAUUGGAACCAUUCGCCCACUGUAUGGUUCACAGGUUGACUGGUAUUGAGGUACUCAAAUUUUCUCAUAGCCGAUGGAAAGAAAACCUGCUACGUACAGAGCAGUUCACGCAUCUGCAAGCUACAUUCCGGUCUGUCACACGCCUAGAACUGCACAGCGUUCAUUUUUCAUCGAUGGCGCUGUUUGGACAGCUUAUCUCUGCCCUGCCCUGCCUCACCAGCCUAGUCUGCUAUAGAGUCCAGAUGAGGCGUACUCCAGGAUAUCUGACUCCGCCUCAGCAUGUCACUUUGACACAUCUGGAAGUAUACGCUAGCAGCGAUGUCCUCGAGUUCUUAAUUGUCUCGUCCUUCGGCACUAUACUCAAGCAUAUCGUUUUCAAGCUCUUGAGAGUCCACGAGGCCGAUUUAUCUACUGGUCGUAUACAGCGGUUGUUAAAUACAACUCGUGGGUUUCUUUCCGAAAUCGAGAUCUGGUUCCAUGAUAGGCUUCUCGACGGUGUGUUACAUAACAAGUAUUUGCUCAUCGCACGCAUCGAUGUUAACUUCGUCCAAACUACAGAUCCAUACUUGAACCUUCACCUGGACAACCUGAACAUCGUGAAUCUUUCGCUUAUUUUUGAAGGCCACAUCCCGUGGACUCCAUAUUGGCGGUGUGUCCUAUCUGUCCUGUCUCGAUGCACACCCAAGCUCUGCGAAAUUCGUAUCGUCUUCCGUACAACUUCCCAUCCUGCAUUUUCGAAUCCGACAUUCGAGGAACUAUUGGCUGACGCGGACAGCGAGCUACAUGCACGGAUUGAUGAUUUGCUGUGCACGCCUCCAUUCGCGAGCCUGAAGAGAGUUAUUUUGGAACUCCGGGUGCUGGUCUGUCCUGAAGUUUCGCAUCGCCUAGGUAACAUACCACAGGAGGCGGAUUGGUGCGCAGCGCUCUCGGCGCAUCUUCCACUCCUACACGGAAAGGGAAUUCUAAUGCCUCUAGUGAGCGCUGAAGAGGAGCGUUGA